AUGCGCCGCACGAGUCCCUUCACCUGUCUCCGGCGUCGCUUUCACGAAAGUGGGUUAGAGCCCAGAGAUCCAAGAAGCAUCGACGGAGGCGAUGGGAAUUUCAACGAGGUGGGGGUUGCGAAGGACGCUGGGGGAGACGACGAAAGGAGCGAGGAAGAGGAAGAGGAGGAAGAGGAGGAAGAGGAGGAGGAGGAGGAAAUUAUGGUUAGUUUCGAGUAUCACUGUCGCCGGGAGAAGCGCGGAGGGUCGCGGAAGGGUAGCGGGCUGGAUGAAACGAGUGGAAACGGGCAAGACGACAGCACGGACGACGAGGGUGAAGGGGAAGAGGAGGUGGAGGACGAGGGCAUGGACGCAGGGCACGAUGAGCAACGCGCAGGCAGCGCGCUUGUCGAGGGAGCGCCGGUACGCUCCGACAGGCCAGCGUCGGGGCCGGGCGUUUCGGGCCCCGCGCCUCCCGGCGACAGCAAGAUUCUGGGCGGAGCAGCAGCAGCGGAAGGGAGGCACGCGUUUGCAGCGCCGUACGGCCAUUCCCUGUCGGACACUUCCAAAUUUCUCCCUCUCCACUCGCCCCUCGACCCCUCGGAUGCGCGCUGCGGUCUCUUCUCCUCCGCAUCCAUGGCGUCGGGCGCGGCGCGGUACCAUCGUCGCAAGUCCUUCUCGUUCCUGUCCGGCGCCGCGCUCAGCGCCAACGCCACGCUCGCCAACUCCACCGGCGGAGAGCCCAUCUUUUCCGCGGAGAACAGCAGCUCUGCGCCCGGGUCGCUGGGGCAGAGCUUUCUGCAGGCGACGGACGUGCAGGUGGCGGGCGGGGCGGCGGGCGAGGACCGCGUGCAGGCCGUGUGCUCCGAGGCCAACGGGUGGGUGUUCUGCGGCGUGUACGACGGGUUUAACGGGCGCGACGCGGCGGAUUUCCUGGCCGCUGGCGCGCAAAGGGUUGACGGAGAGGGGGCAGCAGGGGCGGCAGCAGGGGCGGUAGAAGGUCCGGAAGAGGUGAACGCGGCGCAACGUAUGGGUGUGGCGGAGGGGGAUGGCGUGGCCGACAGAGGGAUAGGCGCGGAGAGUGCUGGUGGCAUGUGUUGUGAUGAGUCUAGCAGUGGACGGAGUAGGGCUAGUAACGGUCCGGAAAGCGCAGUCGAUUGUAACGACUCGACUCGCUCCUCGUUGCCAGCAGAAGCGAACGAUUCGUGGCAGCCAGCAGCGGCAGCAGCAGCAGUAGAAGCAGUAGCCGUAGAAGCAGCAGCGGUAGAAGCACCGGCAACAGAAGCAGCAGAAGCAGCAGCAGCAGCAGCAGCAGCAGCAGCAGCAGCAGCAGCGUCGGUGUGUUCACCGUCCGGGGCUGGCUCUUGCUCCUCCUCCUCGCCCACUUCACCCACCCCUACCCCCCCCGCUCCCUCUCUCAACGGCACGGACUCACCCGGCGCCGCGUCAUCCAAACCGCCCGCCGCGAGCGCCGCAGCAGCGAGCGCGGGCGCGACGGCGGAGUUCCAGCGCGCAGUGCUGCGGUGCCUGCAGCGCGCGCUGGCGCACACAGAGCGCGACUUCCUGCGCAUGGUGGAGGCGGAGAUGGAGGAGCGCCCGGACCUGGCCAUGGUGGGUUCGUGCGUGCUGCUCGUGCUGCUGCACGGCCGCCACCUCUUCACUCUCAACCUCGGCGACAGCCGCGCGCUGCUCGCCACGUGGGCCGCGCCGGGGGAAGGCGCGUCCGUGAGCAUGGGCGCCGCGGACGGUAGCGACGCGGACAGGGAGGGGCCGGGGGAAUGGGUGGGGGUGGGCGACGGGGCGUGUGGUGGAGGAGGGGAAGGCUUCGAGGGCGCUCAUGGCGACGCGCUUGCUGGCGAGGGGAUGGGCGGGAAGGGCGAGAAGGGGCGGAGUGGUUUGGAGGGGUUGAGAGUGGUGGUGCUGUCGGAGCAGCACUGUGUGGACUACGAGCCAGAGAGGCGGCGGGUGGUGGCGGAGCACCCGCUGGAUGCCAGCGCCGUGAUGGGGCGCCGCGUCAAGGGCAAGCUGCGCGUCACCCGCGCCUUUGGCGCUGGCUACCUCAAAAGCGAGCGGCUGAACAACAAGCUGAUGGGCAUCUUCCGCGUGCGCGACCUGGCGUCGCCGCCGUACGUGUCCAGCGUGCCCUUUGCCACGGCGCGGCGGCUGUGUGCGCGCGACUGGUUCGUGGUGGCGGGCAGCGACGGGCUGUUUGACUUCUUCACCAACCAGGAGGUGGUGCAGCACGUCGCCGCGUUCCUGCUCGCGCACCCCCACGGCGACCCCGCCAAGCACAUGCUGGAACAGCUGCUGCUGCGCGCCGCCAAGCAGGCUGGGUUGGGAGUGGAGGAGCUGCGCAACAUCCCAUCGGGGCGGCGGCGCAAGUACCAUGACGAUGUCACGGUGGGGAGCGACGAGAACGAGACCGUGACGGUGGCCCUGCACGACGAGGGCGCGGACGUGGGCGAGAUGAGCGAGGCGGACCUGGAGGCGGCCAUCGAGGCGCUCUUCGCGCAGCUCGCCAGCGAUCUCGAGGCCGACGCUGACGUGGACGGCACUGGCUUCGCUGCGGGCGAUGCUGACGUGGAACUUGAUGAUGAUGAGCUGGCGGCGCUGCAGAUUGAGCUGGACGCGGCACUGGCGGAAAUGACGGCGGAGGUGGAGAAAGAGGGGGAGGGGGAGGGGGAGGUGGAUGAGGAGGAGAGAGCUCUGGUGGCGGAGUUGGGACUGGAGGAGGAGGACGAGGGGGAGGAGGAGGAGGAGGAUGGGAGAGGAGAAGGGGAAUGGGAGGGUGAGCUGUGGGAGCAGCCAGAGGGGAAACAGGAAAGGGGAGAGGUGAUUGCGAAGGGGGUAAGAGGGGAGGAGAGCGGGCAAGGAGGGCGAGGAGAGGCGGGCAAGAAGGAAGAGGGGGUGCAUGAUGUGGCAGGGGUGAUGGCAGGUGCCAUUGGCGCAGGUGCCAUUGGCGCAGGUGCCAUUGGCGCAGGAGCCAUUGGCGCAGGUGCCAGUAGUGGCAGCGCUAUGGGAAGGAGGGAAGCGGUGGCAGAUGAGAAAGCGCAGAGAGCGAGGAGUGAGGAGCACGUAGAGAGCAGUGGCGCAGUGGGUGAAGGGCAGGGAGAUGCGAGAGGGAAACGCAGCGACAAGUCGACACAGGGAGAUGAGGAGGACUGGCAGGGCGAGGAGGACGAAGCAGAAGAGGAGGAGAGCCAUGGGGCGAGGGAAGGGGCACGGCGGGAGGUGCAGCUGCAGCGGUGGCAGCUGAAGAAACUGGCGCUGGCUGUGCACAAGGGGCGGCGACACAUCAAUGUGAAGGCACUGGCAGCAGAGGCCCAUCUGCCGCGGCGAGACGUGCUGGCGUUCCUGCGCCACCCCCCCGACAUCUCCGCCCUCUUCCCCGACCUCCUCUCGCCCUCCUCUCCCCCCUCCGCGGCACCGGCCCCUGCUGAGGGCGGGGGGGCGCAAGAAACGGCAGUGCUGGCGCAGAGUGGCGCUGGGGAGGCGCCAGGGGAAGGGAAGGGCGUGGGUGGGAAGGGCGGAGCGGAGGGGAAGGGGGCGGACCGGCUGGGAAUGAGUGAGGAGGGGAAGAAGGAGUGGCAGGAGCGGUGGAAGAAGGGGAAGAGGAUACGGCAGGAGCACCUGAGCACACUGGAGGCUGUUUACCAGCGCAGCAAGUACCCCACGAAUGCGGUGGUGGCAAACCUGCAACUUCUUUUCCUGCGCGCACGAGAUCUCCUGUCGAGCGCCCCUGGCACUAGUGAUGGUCUUUCCGGUGUGCGUUACUUUUCAGGCGACAAUGGCUUAUACCGUGAGAAGAUUGGAUCAAGCGGCGACUCUUCCGCCAGCCUGCGAACCCGACUGUCCAGACGGAUGCACGUUGCUGUUGCCGGCCACCAUAACGGCAGCGCGGAGCGGACCAAGCCAAGCGUCUCAAAAAGCGGGCACGGCGAUGCACGGCCGCCAUCGAGUUCAAAGCUAGUAGAGUGCUUCCUUUCUGCCAAGUCGUAUCUGACGAUCGCAGACGAGGUGCAGGAUGAGAUUCUCAUGGAGCGCGUGAAGCAGGAGGUGCACCGUUGCCUAAGCCUUUUAGACCAGGCAUACGCUGGCGGGCCACGCGACGCGAUCGCAGCGCCCGAAGAAGCGCGACCGAAGCAGAAGAGGAAACGACCGCUUCGAGAAGGGAGAGCUUUGUCCAGGUUGAAGCUUAAGCUUGAGGCGGCUGAGCAGCAGACGAAGAACAUGCUCCUGCAAAGCAUGGUUUUUAGCCAAAUAGCUUCGCGCGCUAUUCCGCAGCCGCUGCACUGUCUAUCGCUUCGCCUAACCAUGGUCCACAGCACACACCCCGAGCUCAUGAGAGCAGACAGGGUUGAUCCUAGGCUCUCGGACCCCAGCCUCCACCACUACGCCCUGUUCUCCGACAAUGUCGUCGCCGUUGCUGUCGUGGUGAACUCGACAGCAUCCAACGCAGCCAACCCGUCGGAGCAUGUAUUCCACGUCAUCACCGACAGGAUGAACUACGCCGCCAUGAAGGCGUGGUUCAGUCUCAACCCCCCACGCGGGAACAUGGCUCUCGAGGUUCGCUCGCUGGACGAGUACCCGUGGCUCAACGCCUCGUACGUACCUGUGUUGAGACAAAUCGAAUCCGAGGCGAUGCGCGACUACUACUUCCAGGCGUCUAUGGCGUCGAAAGUGGGCGCAACGCACGCCAAGGAGGACUAUGUGGACCUCAAGUACCGCAACCCCAAGUACCUGUCCAUCCUCAACCACCUGCGCUUCUACCUCCCGCGGAUAUUUCCGCACUUGGAUAAGAUCCUAUUUUUGGACGACGACGUGGUUGUGCAGCAAGACCUCUCAGAGCUGUGGAAGAUCCCCAUGAAUGGCAAGGUGAAUCUUGCUGUGGAGACGUGCGGGAAGGUGUUCCACCGGUUCAAGACGUAUCUCAACUUCUCCAGUCCCCUUCUGGCCGAUUUCGACCCUGAGGGGUGCGGAUGGGCCUUCGGAAUGAACAUGUUCAACCUGGCUGCCUGGCGCCGGGGGAACUACACCGACAAGUACCACUUCUGGCAAGACAAGAAUGAAGACCGCUCGCUCUGGAAGCUGGGCACCCUUCCUCCUGGUCUGCUCACGUUCUACAACGCAACACAGCCUCUGGACAAGCGGUGGCAGGUGUUGGGCUUGGGCAGCAAGAGCACCGUUGAUGUUGGAUUGGUGCAAAAAGCAGCCGUGAUUCACUACAAUGGUCAUGCGAAACCAUGGCUUGAACUCGCCAUCCCUGUCUACCAGACGUUCUGGACACGAUACGUGCCAUAUGACAACCCUCUGCUCCAGCAGUGCAACUUCAGAGCACCGACAGCUGUUGCCGCUGACUAG